AUGAAGGACAUUGGACAGCAGUUAUUCAGUUCACAGGUACUCGAUGGACAUAACUCUCUGACCAUGUCGCCUCGACAACCUCAUGCUAACAGAGCCACUCGGCCGGACAGACAAGAAGCUCAGGCGGCUUUGUACCAAGGCUCCGAGGCCGAGGCCGCCCUGAUGACCUCGGCCAUGUGUGUGAAGUGCAAGACCAUUCAUCAGGUCCCUCUUCGGGAUUUGAAAAAGGAGCCGGGGCAGAGCCUCCAGGAGGACAGCUUCGUGUGCUUCCAGUGCAGCUUUGGCGCGGCUUCUCCCCACUUUCCCUUCGGGAGCAGCGAUCCCAGCACGACCCACGGAGGAAGUCAAGCCGACCCCGUCGCCAGUCCCGGCAAUAACAAAUUCAAGGUAAGGAACUUUAAACCAGGCAAGUACUAUUGCGACAAGUGUCGCUUCUCCACGAAGGACCCUCUGCAGUACAGGAAGCACAUGCUUCAGCACGAAGAAAUCAAGUUCAUCUGUUCCCACUGCAGCCACAUCUCCUACACGAAGGGGGAGUUUCAGAGGCACCUGGUGAAGCACACGGGCAUCUUCCCCUACCGGUGCGAGUACUGCGACUACGGUGCUAUCCGGAACGACUACAUCGUCAAGCACAGGAAGCGAGUCCACGAGAGAGUCGGCGGGAAGCGGCAGCCCAAGGCCAUAGCCAAGCUGGAGCCGAAAAGGACCAGCGCGUCCAGACAAAGCGCGGAGCUCUCCAAAGCCUCCGAGCCGGGCACCGCCCUGCCCAGCAGGCUGUCCGACCAGCUCUCCAGGUUCUCCCUCCAGACAAGCAAAGACCGGGUGCGCAGCAUCACGCUCGUCCCCGAGCCGAAGGACCACCAGAAAGACGUGGUGUGCAUUCCAAACAGAGGGACCCUGUCGGAGCCGAGCGAGGUCAGCGUGCUGGAGAACAAGAGCGUGGAGGUGGAGGUGCUGUCCCCAGCCACAGAGCCCGUGCAGCCCGGGAUGCCGCUGACCGUGGUGGCGCCCGCCGAGCUCGUGGUCCCCGCCAACUGUUUGGCCCAGUUGAUAGACGUGAAGGUCGUCAACGGGACACAGCAGCUCGUUCUGAAACUGUUCCCUUUGGAAGAAAAUAAUGGCCUAGAAGCUGGCGGGGGUGACGGAGGUCAUGCUGAAUGUAGGACUAAAGAGAAAAGUUCGGAUGAACGAGGGAAAAGGCUCCCUGCAGAACCAACCAAUGCACUGACGACGGAAGGGGCUGUUGGAGAACCGGGCGGCCUCGAUAGCCUUCAGUCAGCUCAGAAACAAGUUAAGAAUGUGAAAUGGUCUUAUGACGUGUUCAUGUCAGAUCCUAGUGUGUACCCCUGUGGAGAAUCCCUUCUCAAGCCCGUUAGAGCUGAGGAUUUGCAGAGAAAGAGUCAUAUGUAUCCACACAGAACGGCUCUUCCUCCUGUUGCCUUAAAAGGUCACUCUCCAUCUUCUAUAGCAAAAAACAGUGUUCUGUGUGGCCUUGGCACUGCCCCCAAUCCUUUCCCAUAUAAAGCUGCUGUUUCUUUUACUGAAGACGGGAGGCAUUUGCACAGGGACCCCCAGAAGUUCCUUCCUCUGGCUGCAUCACCCACAGCCAUUUCCUUCUCCGGAGAAAGGGGAUUUUUGCCCGUCAGUAAAAAUGACUUGGAAUCUAGAAGCGAGAUCAGUAUUCCUGUGAGAAUGGUUCCAUCCUCUAGGAAGCUGAAAGACAACCAGACAGAGGACUCUAAGGCAGUUUCAAAUGCAGGCCAGAUUUCCUCUCAUCAUAAAAGUGAAUAUUUACACAUAAACAUAACAGGAGAAGACAGGAUCAGAUCUCAGCAGCCUGGGGAUAAGCUUUUGGAGAUAAAGAAAUCUGAAAGGACUAAUGACUCUUUCAGUGGCCCAGUCAUUUCAUCAGUAUUUUCUCUGAGCUCCGGGUCUGAAGACGUCCCUGAGGGCGUUAAGUGGAAUCACUCAACAUCCAAAAUAAAGUCAAUGGAGCUUCUGCGCAGAAGGAUCGCUCAGUUAAUUGAAUCCUGUGGCAGGCCUCCCUCUCUGGCUGCCAGUAAUGCACACCGUCGUUCUGUAGGGCAAGCGUCAAAGGGAACUUCCAAAGCUAGUCCUGAAGGUAUUCAAGAAAUUAACAUGGCAUUUGCUGGCCCUGGCUAUGCCACACACACUCUCUCCAAACCUCAGGACCAUAGUGGUGUUAGCAGACAGCUUACCCGUCAGCACAUAUAUCCACAGUUUGUAGAAGGCAGCAAUGGGAAAAUCGAAAGCCAAGUUGCUAGGAAGGCUCAUGUCGCGACUCCAGUGUUGAUCCCCAAAGGAGCCGUGUUGAGAGUUCUUAAUUCCUCUGAGGACACCCACAUUAUAGCGGCGACAUGUGAAGCCCCCGUCAGCAUCCCGUACAGUGAGACACAGUUAAAACCCAUUCCGUUGUGCCCCGUGAAGCAGACAGAUUCAGACUUACAGCCUUCAACAAGCGAAAGUGGACCAAUAGAAAUGUCCCAUAACCUCGACACAUCUCUCCGGCCUAAACCAAGGAAAGAGAGUGCUGCCGGGAGCACCAUCCUGAAAAAAGCUGGCCCCAUGCAUGGUCCGCACGGAAGCAGUGAGUUGAGUAAGCAAGGAAAAGUGCCCUCGAGAAGUCUUCCUGUCAAAAAUAAAACCAAGCAAGUACAUUCAUCCAAGAAGAAAAGCAAAAUGCAGGCCGACUCUGGCCUCAGUCUCAAGGAUCCUUCAAUUUUCCAGGUUGCAAGACAGCUUCGACUGAUAGCCGUGAAACCGGACCAGCUGAUUAAAUGCCCCCGUCGGAACCAGCCCGUCAUUGUGCUGAACCAUCCUGACGUUGACUCACCGGAAGUGACCAAUGUGAUGAAGGUAAUAAACAAGUACAAAGGCAACGUCCUCAAGGUCGUCUUAUCGGAGAGGACCAGGUGUCAGUUAGGCAUCAGACGGCAUCACGUUCGGCUGACCUACCAGAACGUGGAGGAAGCCAAUCAAAUCAAAAGGCAAAUGAUGUUGAAAAUGAAACUUAAAAAAGUCCAUAAAAACAACUACCAGGUGGUGGAUUCCUUGCCUGAUGACUCACAGUGUACAUUUAAGUGCUGGUUUUGCGGACGGCUGUACGAAGACCAGGAAGAGUGGAUGAGUCACGGCCAACGGCAUUUGAUAGAAGCAACUAGGGAUUGGGAUGUUCUUUCUUCCAAGGGCAAAUAA